CGCGCGCCCGCCCGCCCGCCCUCACAGCCCGGCCAUGGCCUGCUACAUCUACCAGCUGCCCUCCUGGGUGCUGGACGACCUGUGCCGCAACAUGGACACGCUGAGCGAGUGGGACUGGAUGCAGUUCGCCUCCUAUGUGAUCACAGACCUGACCCAGCUGCGGAAGAUCAAGUCCAUGGAGCGGGCUCACGGCGUGAGCAUCACGCGUGAGCUGCUGUGGUGGUGGGGCAUGCGGCAGGCCACCGUCCAGCAGCUGCUGGACCUCCUGUGCCACCUGGAGCUCUACCGCGCUGCCCAGAUCAUCCUCAACUGGAAACCAGUUCCUGAAAUCAAGUCUUCCACCCCAGACUUCCUGGAUGCUGCGAAGCCAGGAAAGCCUUUGGCAGCUUCUGUAAGAAAUGCCGAGGAUGAACGAGAAACAGAGCAGUCCCCGAGGCCAGCCACCUUUCCAGGCCCAGGGCCUGCUCCAGCCAGAGCCGGCCUCCCCGGCCCUCCUGAAGAUGCCUCUCCUUCCUUAAAAACUGACCCACCUGCCUCACCUGAUUCAAAGGAUUUUAGCACCUCCGUUCCUAAGCAGGAGACACUUUCGAGCCUGGCUGGAGACAGCCUAUUUUGGAGCGAGGUGGAUGUGGUCCAGGCAACUGAUAACUUCAACCCAAAUCACAAAAUCAGCGAGGGGACCUUUGCUGACGUCUACAGAGGGCAAAGACUCGGCAUGCCAUUUGUCUUCAAGAAGCUCAGAGAGAUGGCCUGUUCAGUUCCAGCAUCAAUUGAAAAAUUCUUGCAGGCAGAGAUACAAAUUUGUCGUAGAUGCUGCCACCCCAAUGUCUUACCUCUGCUGGGCUUCUGCACUGGAAAACAGUUUAACAGCUUGAUUUACCCAUACAUGGCAAAUGGUUCUUUACAGGACAGACUCCAGGGUCAGGGUGGCUCCGACCCCCUCCCCUGGCCCCAGCGCAUCAGCAUCUGCUCAGGGCUGCUUCAUGCCGUGGAGCACCUGCACGGCCUGGAGAUCAUCCACGGCAACAUCAAGAGCUCCAAUGUUUUGCUAGACCAGAACUUCACCCCCAAACUGGCUCAUUCCAUGGCUCACCUGUGUCCUGUCAACAAAAGGUCAAAAUACACCAUGAUGAAGACCCACCUUUUCCAGGCCUCUGCUGCAUAUCUUCCAGAAGAUUUCAUCAGAGUGGGGCAGCUGACAAAGCGUGUGGACAUAUUCAGCUGUGGAAUAGUGUUAGCCGAGGUCCUCACUGGCAUCCCUGCGGUGGAUAGCGACCGGAGCCCAGUUUACUUGAAGGAUUUACUCCUCAGUGAAAUUCCCAGCAGCACCACAUUGCUCUGCUCCAGGAAGACGGGUGUGGAGAAAGCGAUGGCCAAGGAGAUCUGCCAGAAAUACCUGGAGAAGAGAGCAGGGAGGCUGCCGGAGGCCUGCGCCGAGGCCUUGGCCACGGCCGCCUGCCUGUGCCUGCGGAGGCGCAAUGCCAGCCUGACAGAGGUAUGUGGCUCUGUGGCCGCUGUGGAAGAGCAGCUGCGAGGUCAGGAGAUGUCACUUCCUUGGAGUGGGCUUUCCGAGGGCACAGGCUCUUCCUCCAACACCCCGGAAGAGACGGACGACGUGGACAAUUCCAGCUUCGAAGCCUCCUGCUGCGUGAGGGCGGCACCCUGGGCUGGGGCUACCGCUUUGCCUCCCCCCGCAGUGGAGGGAGAAGGCAAGCCGCUGGCUGGUGGGGCAGUGGAAGCUGACUCCUCUUCUGAGGCCCGCGCCAGUGCAGAGCCGCCCCAGGAUGCUACAGAGACUUCGUGGAAAGUCGAGAUCAAUGAGGCCAAAAGGAAACUGAUGGAGAAUAUCCUGCUCUACAAAGAAGAGAAACUGGAUAGCAUUGAGCUUUUUGGCCCCUGAUGACUCAAACACAGCUGAGGACACUUGUCCUCCGUUGGAAAGAUGAACAUCAAAUCAAGAAAAAGAUCUCAGGAAAAAUCAAGAUCUCCCAGGAAACACCAAACACAGCUUCCCUUGGGUGGGGGCAGAGACACUUCCAUGUUACCAGAGUGAAUUAGGGGAGACGGGACCUCAGCUUUCAGAGACACAAAAAUCCAUGAAGUCCUCUUCCUUUCUGGGAUUUGUCAGUCAUAGCUCUGGGUUAUCAGGAGGCUGAAGCGGAAACCCUGGUACAUGAGCCCAGGAUGUGGGCGAUCUUGUGGUUCCAGGGAGCGUGAGCACCCCAGCAGAUGCUCCUGCUUGGCUUUCACCCUUGACAACUGACUGAAGGUUCUGAGUGCCGAUGGCACUUUCCAAAGCUAAGAUCUCUGGGCAAUAUCUGCCACCAACCGCCUGCAAACUUCCACGACCUGAAAGACUUUCAACUUGUGUCCCAUUUCGGUUCUUUACUCCCUCCUCAAGUUCUCAAGUUUUACAAGUGCCAGACAUCUGGCAGAAUGCCUUGGGGGUUUUUUGCUUUCUGUUUAGGAAAUCUUGCAACCCUCAGAUAUUUAUUUAAUGUCCACUCUGCACCUUUAUUGUCCCAUCCCACUAACGCUAAUAUUUUUAAUGGAGCUUUUCUUUAGAGAAUAUGCAUUAUUUAUGACUGGUUGAAGAACCAGGAGAACUAGUUUCAUGUUUGAUCCUGCUGCUAAUUAAGUCAAUCAUUUAAUUUCUGGAACCUCAGUUUCCUUGUAAGUAACUUGAGUUCAUGCUCCCUUCCUGGGCUGUGGGGAAGAAACGGGUGAGACAUGGUUUCAGAAGUACUUUGAAAAUGCACUUGUCCUAUUAUAUUAAAUAAAUUUUUAAAAA